AUGGCAUCUUCUUCGCCCUUCAUCGUGUCCAGUUCCUCCUUCUCUAGAUCCACCCUACCAUGUCCAGCGACAUCUACGGCGGAAGCGGAAGUGGAGAUGCCCACGGUUUGCCUAUCCGGAGGACCAAACCGUCCCGAGGUAGAGCCAGAGAACGAGGAGACCAUGACUCCUUCGUCUGAUUCAUCCUCCUCCUUCGCCCUGAGCGUGCUAUCUCAAUCCUCGAGCUCCUCCAUAGCAUCCUCAGCCGCGCUAUGCGUGCCGUCUUCUGUCCUGCCUAUAGAGGUGGCCAUCGUUCAGACGCAAUAUACAGGUGCUCCACGACGGGUUCCGGCAGUCUUCUUCUUGACGGGCAUGUUCGGACAGGAAAUCAAACCUCAUGUCAAGUCUAGUCCUUCGCAAUCGAACCUCUUUCUUGCAUCAGACAGCUCUCUGCCCUCUUUUAUUCCCCACUCGAAUGUGCACCCUGCGUCAGCGUUUUCCUCUUCAACCUCACCGACCAGUUCCUUCUCUAUUGGUCAGCAUGUAUCCGAAAUGUGCGGGAACUGGCGGAACACGGCCAGUGAGAACAACAAACCCACGUCAAAACCCUCACCUAACGGACAAGCUACUUCAUUGUCCUCGAAUGCCCAUUUAAACAAUACCGCCCGUUCCAAGCAUGUCACGCAAACUCUGCACCAGACUAAAUCCCAAUCUAAACCUUCCGCCAUCAUUCAUUCCAACAAACCCUCCGCAUUCGCUACUCUUACGAACACCUCUGAAUCUCUCUCGACAUCGGCAUUCGCAUCGAACACUUCGCCUGUAUCAAAAUCGUCGACUCCUGCCAAUGAGCAGCCCCUUCACACCAGCAAUCUUAGGUCUCCGAGUCUCCGAGGCUCUACUUCGGGUAUGAUUAACACGCACGAGCUCAACGCGUUGACGUCGUUAUCCAGGAUAGGUAAAAGAGCACAUUCGUCUGCUUUCAUGGAUGAAUAUGUCUCGCCGGCUCCGCCGUUCAGUCUCAUUGAUCGUAUCGAGCCUCGGGCUAUGGAAUCGACUACGCUACCAGCUCGCAAGCGUCCGCAUUGCUUCACCGGCGCUAACACUGACAGUGGUACUGUGCCCUGGUCGAAAGUAAUUUUGAAUCGUGCUAGGACGGCUGCCGAUGGCUUGUUGGACAGGAUGAAACUCGAUGACGACGGAGAUGAAGAGGACGAUAUCGACCGCAAUAUUGUGAAGGCUGAGCAAAAAGAAGAUAUUCUCUCGUCGCCUGCGCCCUCUAGUCUUUACCAGGUCAACGAACAACGCAUGGAAGAUACGCAACUCAGGUGUUCUACCACUGUGAAGACGGAGACUGUUUACGAUAUCGGGCUACGUUCUUCUGCCUUUAGAACUUCGUCGAGGCGUAGAUUCUGACUAUCUUGGUCGCUCAUCUCUCUUGGCGUCUGGUGUACUGUCUGGCUUUCCAACGUUCCUUGUCAUCGUUACACACUAUUCGGGAUACUCACUUGAUUCGUUCAGGCUCUUGUACUGUGGCUGGCUCGUCGUUUUUAUAACCACCGUCCACAUACUACAUCUAGCCUAUUUUGUCUUUCUCUUUGCCGC